ACGGUAUCCCAGGGAACGUCAUAAGUACCAACCUUCAUGGUUUAAAAACAGAGUUUCUGAUUUGAAACGGAAGUUUCCAGUAGGACAUGAACGCACCACGGUGUCAUUGGUCCGCUCCAGGUCGCGCGUCCAGCGGAAGUGAUUUAUUUGAAAGGUGUUUUUGCUCUGGACGCGUCCGCCUGGAGGCUCGGCUGUCGGACUGGGCCUUCCAGGGGCUGAGCGGAGCUGCGGGGAACCAUGAGUGGAACAGCCAGACACAAAGUGGUGACAUCAGGAAGGCUGACGGGGAAAGUUAAAGCGACCCGAGCGGCCCCUGAUCCAGGACCUCCACCCUGGCCUCAGCCUGACUACUCUCUGUACUCCACGGACUCUGAGGAUCAGGUCACCAGUAUACACAAGGGUCUGGACCAGUGUGCUGCUUUGCUCAGUGGCAUUCUUCAGGCCGACCAUGCAGCAUCAACAGGUCUUCAGAGAACCCCUAAGCGAGUGACGUCCUCCACCUUCCAAGGAAAGAAGACUUUAAAGAAACUACCGUCCAAAACAGGUCUUUCCAGAACCAUGAAGUCUGCGAAGGGAGGAACAGCCAAACCAAGAGCAUCCACCUCGCAGGGAAAGAUGGCCUCCAAGAAACCGCCCACAAAAACCGGUGACUUUCAGAACCCCCAGAAUUCAGAGCGGCACCAGCCAGGCAGCGUAGCAGCAGCAAUGGCGGCCCAUAAAUUCUGUCCUCCGGCUGCACACAGCGGAGUGAUGCUGCACCCGCCUCAGAAAUCCACUCAGCCGCUUCAGUCGCCGUCUGCAGGCCUUCAAUCUCAGCAGCUGGCCACCUCCAGCCCUCCAGCCGGGGGGUCCGAGCCCGCGCCGCUACGCCAUCAGAACUACUGCCGCUCUGCUUCUGGAGCGUCGCACACGUCCUGUGGGGCGGCGCGUGAAGCAGAGGACGGCUUUGUGGCGGGGAGAGAUGCUGAUCGUGUAAACGGCUGCAGCCUGAAGGAGUCUGGAGUUGAGCCUGGACAGGGCCGGUGCAGCGGGGGAACCAGAGCAGAGGCUCUUCAGGACCUGCUGCAGGAACUCAGAGCUCUGAUCGCUGGACAAGGUGCAUGGAGGUCUGACUGGCAUCACAGAGGCAGCGCAGCGGAGAGGCUGCUCAGCCGUCUGGAGCAGACCGUUGGUGGUUCAGACGUUGGGCCUGCAGCUCUCCAUCACUACCCCCAGUUCUGCAGCUGUGUGAAGAAUCAGCAGGAGCAGAAACAGGAAGUGCUUCAUGGCUCAGAAGAGCCAAAUCUCCAAGAGGAGCUGGUCACGGCUCAGUCCAGACUCCAGGAGCUCCAGGACGAUCUCUCAGGACUACGGAAAGCUCUGCAGGACACACAGAGCCACCUGAGGGAUACCGAGGCAGAGAAGGCGCUCAUGAAGACAGAGCUGGAGGCUGCUAGAAGCAGGCUGCUGCAAAGCGAGCGAGAGCAGAGCAAGCUGGCCUCAGUGGCUCAGCACAGACUGGAGGAAAUAGAAAAGCUCAGGAGGCUCCUCCAGAGGCGUCCAUCAGACCACCAGGACGUGCAGGAGUCAUCGUCCCUCACACAGCAGUAUUCUGGCAAACAGGACCCCGUAGUGGCCUCUGCUGAGCGCAUCAGGGAGUACCUGCUGUCCCUGGACCAGGUGGACCAAGUGGACCAGGUGGAGCCCACAGGCACUGAGACUGUGCGCGUGGCUGCAGAACGAGACCAAAACCCAUCUGAGCUGAAAGAAGACGGGUCGUCUCGUCGUCCCAUCAGACCUGAACCAGGUGACGGAGCUGCAGAGACGCUGCCUCGUCCCAGCCGGCCCAGCUCAGAGGACGUCCUGCCACGCGGGCGGCAGCUGCUGGACUCCACGGCCCACUGUGACGUGGAGUCUGUGUGGUCCAGCUGGAGCAUGAAGUCUGAGUCGACGUUUAACACCAGAGACGAAGCGGCCUUCAGAGACGGCCUGGCAGCGCUGGACGCCAGCAUAGCCAGCCUGCAGAAAACCAUUCAGCUGGAGCGCAACAAGUGACCCGGCUUCACAUGUGUGACAUUUUUAAUUAGCAACGCAGUGACGUGUAGGAAAUACAAUAAAGUUCAUGUUUAGUUUGUUGUUUAAAGGGUUUUAAUGUGGUCUUCCACCUCUGAUCCCAGCUCUGCAUUAAAAAAAAUGUCUCCAGUUGUAGAGUUAAGGUGUGAAGUCGAUACGUUCACUGCUCCAUAUAAAACCCAGAGGUCACUGCUGGGUGCUUUCCUCAGGCUACAGGGUGGUUCUGGAACCUUACAGCGGACUUUCAGGAUUCAGGGCUGAAUCAUGUCACUUCCAGCCGUGUGCAAACCUGCAGGCUCUGCAGGUAAAGGUAAGAGCCUGGGUGACACAUGGUUACCUGCUUACCUGUGCUAUGUAGCCAUAAUGUGCCCAGAACUUACAGGGCGGGUCAUUCCUACAGCCUGCAGGGUCUGCAUCAUUUUACAGCUUACUGUCCUUUCUGCACCCUGGGU